UUUAAACUAUACUCAUCACCAAGUAAUUAUGGAUGUUUUGACUUUGAAAAAUGAUGAAAACGAUGUGCCUUCCAGUUCUCUUUUUGAAGUUAAUCCAGAAUGUUUUCUUUCGGAUUUGAGAACUAGAAUAAUGGAAGAAGUUCCGGAUUUGCUGCCCCACGAUUUUCGAUUCCUUUUUCCUUCAUCUGGCGUUCGUAUUUCCCUACGACAAGAGGCACACCAAACAAGGAACCUAUCCCUGAGCAGGCUACUGUAAUGGGCCUUAAAUCACCCGAAGCAUGGCUACUUAAAGGGAUCAAAAUAUACAAGGAAAAGGAGAUUGAAGAUGCACGUGGCAAAGAAAAAGAAAGGCGAAUCUUCUGGAAUGCAAAGGCCAAAAUUCUUGCCAAGUCUGACUUGAAAAAAACUCAAAUUUAUGAGGAAAUACACAAGGCUUGGCGAUUAAAGAAAACUGAAAUCCUUUUAGGAGAAAGCAGUGGUGUCCGUAUGGCAUCCACGAGUAUGAAGAAAGGAACAUUAGAAAAAAAUAAAGAAAGAUUUCAAUUAGCUAAGAGAGAGUGUGAAACUCUAAGUGACAAGAUAAAGGAGCUAAUGAAGACUAAGUCUGCCAAGACCGAGCAACAAAUGAUUGAACUAAGAGAACUCCAAUCGAAUUUCGAUAUAGCUCGAAGUACCCUAAGAAAAGCCCAAGACGCUUUAAGAAAAAACAUUAAAAAAUCAAGCUAAAUACUUGG